AUGUCACUUACCUCUCGACAUGAAAAGUGGAAACGUUGUUUUGGAAACAAUUCAUUCAUUGCUACAAUAAACUCAGUUGAAAAUGUAGAUGAAUUAUUUGAUUUUGUUACUCAUUCAAAACCUGACUUACAACAACUAAUUGUGUCUAUGAUACAAGCUGACCACAUCCCUGGUUUAUCAGGGAUUACCAUGUUAACGUUUAUAGAUUUUAGUUUUAAUACAAUUAAAGAUGUUAGUCCUCUUCUUGAAUGUCCUUUAUUACAAACACUUGUUCUUUCACAUAACAAUAUUGAAAAUAUUAUUUCCUUAACAUCUUUAAAUGCUCUCAACGCUCUUGAUAUUAGUUUUAAUUCAAUAACAGAAAUAACAACACCACCUCACUUAGGCUCUUUAAAAGCAUCUAACAACCCACUAGUACAUUUGAAUAUUAAUAGUUCAUUACGUCUAUUAACUAUUGAUGAUUGCCCUUUAAAGAAGCUUAAAUUAAGUCUUAAUUCGUUAGAUAUAAUAAGUGUUUCUAGAUGUUCAUUCGAUUCUUUUAAAUUAAAAUGUGAAAAUCUGAAAAGUAUAGUUGCAGACUCCACACAGUUUAAUAACCAGGUUAUUGUUCAAUUACCUCAAUUAUUUAAUUUAAGUAUGAACCAAUCAGCCUUGGAUUCUAUUGUUAAAAUGUUAUCACAAAUUACUACAUUAACAUCAAUCACAUUAGGACGUUGUAAAUUAAAAGAAAUACCACAAGAAAUUUAUACUCAAACUAAUCUUGCUCGUCUUGUUCUUUUUAAUAACCCAAUCACUAAAAUUUCAGAAGAAAUUACUUCAUUAAUUCAUUUAACAUAUAUCGAUAUGUUAGAUUGUUUAGUAGAGGAUUGUCCUUCAUUAACUAACCUAAACCAAUUAGAACAAUUUAUGGCUUCUUAUGAUGAAGUUAUUACAACAUCAAAAUACUAUGAAUCAAAGUUACCAAAACAAUGCCAAUUCAUUGGAAGGGAUUAUGGUAAGUUUGAUAAAAUUAUUGAUAGUUUAUUUCUUGGAAGUUAUGCAAAUGCACACAAUAAAAGUUAUCUUCAAGAAAUGAAAAUUACUCAUAUAUUAACUAUUGGACCAUUACAACCAAUAUUUCCAGAGUUAUUUGUUUAUAAACAAAUUAAUAUUGAUGAUAGUGUAAAAGAAGAUAUUAGUGUUUAUUUUGAAGAGUGUUAUCAAUUUAUUGACCAAGCAAGAAAUAGUAGUGGUGCGGUAUUAGUUCAUUGUGCAGCUGGAAUUUCAAGAAGUGCAAGUAUUGUUAUUGCUUAUUUAAUGAAAAAAAAUAAGUGGACGUAUGAACAAAGUUAUAGUUAUACUUUAAAAUGUAGACCAAUCAUUUGUCCUAAUAGUUCUUUUGUUGAACAAUUAAAAGGAUAUGAAGAAAAAGUACUAAUAAAAAAAUGUAGUAUAGUGUAA